AUUGCGUUAGUUCAGCAUCAGUAGUUCUUUGUCGCUGGUACGGGUUAGAAGGGUUCUCGGCGAUACGGCGCACUGGUUGGUUCGCGACUUGUUUGUGCGCUCAGUUCCCUUUGACAUUUUUACUGUGCAAGUCAUAUUGAGCAUUUGAGAGUGAAGUACAUUCUUUGAAUUUUCCACUCUUUCUCUCGUUCGCUCGCUCUAUCUCUUUUUCACUGUUCGUGGUGAUUGCCAACCUGCUUAGUGGCGAAUGUUACGUUUUUAUCGGAGGAAAGAACUCGAGCAGAUUCAAGUUACUAAGGGCGUAGGUAGUAAGUGGACCGGGUGUCAGAAGUUCACUGGACGUCGGUCAGAGUGAACGAUCGAUCGGAACGUUUGAAAGAUGCAACAGUUGCGUGAUUGAGUACUGUGUACAUACAAGUGUUUACAGAAGAGCUCUUCUACAAAGAGCUUGUGUAGAAAGAAAGACACUGUCGGUGUCGUGAGGUAGUGACAAGUGCUCUAUAAACACCCCUCGAGAUACAGAAACGAUUCGUAAUCGGGUGCGUUCAAAGUGUGUACGGAGUUACUUUCUAGUGAAUUCUUGGGUGACCUGAUAAGACAUACAACUCGGAAUGGAUAUCCUACAGCAGGAAGUGCGCGGCAUCGCAUUAGCGAACCUGUCCGAAGUACAAUCGUCUCCAGUUUACAACCAAACGACGGUACCGCUAAAUCGCAAGGAUUCGCGCAACAUGGACCAGGCGGUGAUACGGAACAACACCGCCAACACGUUCCCCUCGAACCAUGACAUCGAGGGACAUAUCCGGCCGUUCCAAAAUUUGCCACCACGGGAACCGGUCGACAUACAGUUUAAAGAUGUGUCGUACUGUGUCAGUCUUGGAUUUCGCAAAGGCCAGAAGGAGAUCCUACAUAAGGUGAAUGGCAAAUUCCCAGGAUCGCAACUGAUCGCCAUCAUGGGCCCAUCGGGAGCGGGCAAAUCGACACUUCUGGAUGUCCUAUCCGGCUACCGGAAAACAGGAGUAGAAGGUGCGGUCUAUGUUAAUGGACGUAUACGCAACCUAAAUAGCUUCCGGCGGAUGACCUGCUACAUUACGCAGGUUGACCGUUUGCAGACACUGCUGACUGUGCUGGAGAACAUGCGCAUUGCGGCGGAUUUGAAGCUGGGUCCAGAAGUGUCGCGCCAUGAAAAAGAGUCAAUAAUUGAAGACAUUCUCACUGUGUUGGGACUGUACGAGCACCAGUUUACCAUUACCAAACGUCUAUCUGGUGGGCAGCGGAAACGUCUGUCGAUUGCACUGGAGCUGAUCAACAACCCUACCAUUAUGUUUUUGGAUGAACCAACAACCGGAUUGGAUAGCUUCUCGUGUAAUCAGGUCGUGGACCUACUCAAGCAGCUUGCUAAACAGGGUCGUACGAUCAUCUGCACCAUCCAUCAACCGUCCGCCAAGUUGUUCCAAGAGUUCGACCAGGUGUACGUACUCUCGAACGGUGAAUGCAUGUACCAAGGUUGUACCAACAGUUUGGUACCGUUCCUUCAGUCGGUUGAUAUGCCCUGCCCGGUGUACCACAAUCCCGCCGAUUAUGUGAUUGAGCUGGCCUGUGGAGAGUAUGGAGAAGAGCGGAUCCAGCGCAUGGUGAUGGAGAUGGGCAAUGGUGAAUGUACGGAAUGGUUUACCGACAAACGGAAGCUGCUAAAGCUAGAACAACUGCGGAAGAAAUACCCGCUCAAGAAGAUCAUCGAGCAGAACGAAGACCUGAUGGCGACGUCACAGAUGCAUCAGCUUCAGGUCCUGAUCAAGCGUGGCAUUAUCAAGGCGAAGCGGGACGCUACCCUCACACAUCUGCGCAUAGGGGUGAACAUCAUCAUAGCGGCUAUGUUGGGUUUUCUGUUCAUCGACGCCGGCAACGAGGGAUCACGCGUACUCGACAACUACAAUCUACUCUUCUCGAUCCUGAUGCACCACAUGAUGGCCACGAUGAUGCUGACCGUGCUGACAUUCCCCACCGAGAUGGGUGUUAUACUGAAGGAGCACUUUAAUCGAUGGUAUACGUUAAAGUGUUACUACCUCUCGGUCUCCAUCAUCGAUCUGCCGCUGUCCGUGUUCUGCUGCCUGAUCUUCUCUGUCAUUAUCUACUUGAUGAGCGGUCAACCGAUGGAGUGGUUCCGUUUUGGCAUGUUUUUCACCAUCAGUCUGCUGAUCGUGCUGAUAGCACAGAGCCUCGGGUUGACGAUCGGAGCCUGGUUUAACGUGGUGAAUGGUACCUUCCUCGGACCCGUGCUCACCAUCCCGAUGAUGAUGUUUGCCGGUUUCGGAGUGACGCUUCGUGAUCUACCGAGCUACCUGAAAUGGGGCAGUCACAUCUCUUAUCUACGUUACGGUUUAGAGGGCUACGUCAAUGCAAUCUAUGGCGAAAAUCGGGAAACGCUCGACUGCGAGCUCAAACCGUACUGCCAUUAUAGAUAUCCUGCCAAGUUCCUGUCAGAGAUUUCAAUGGAAGGUGAUCAGUUCUGGAAGGAUGUAUACGCUCUCUGCGGCACGUUGAUUUUGGUGCGCGUGUUUUGUUACUUCCUUCUUCGAUGGAAGGUUAUGUCAGUGCGGUAAACUGCUGAUAUGUAACCUACGAUAACGUUUCAAGGCACUCCAGGGCAAUCGGAAGCAUUAGAUGUGAUGAGCAGCAAAAAAGGAUGUGAUUUUUAUUACCAGACCAGUUACCGGUUCGUCCGUUCGCUGAGUACGAACACGACGCCAAAAAUGGGUUGCCAAAAAACAUUCGUUCCAUACGUUCCAAACAAGCUUAUCGCGGUGCAAAGAAUGCGCCAACUCGCGCACGAUAAGACAUAUCGCAGUGCAUUUCAACUGUACAUAUAUAAUAUCCCAGAAAGUGUGUGUUUGUGUCUAUUCUGUAUGAACCACCGUGCUAAUAGGUUUAUUUAGUUUACGGAUCAAAAAGCGCCAUUUUGUUUUGCAGAUUUCGUGAUGGUGUAGUGAAUAUGAAAUAUCCCGUAGAUAGUAUAGCUACAAAUUAGUCAUUGAUAGUCAAUAAAAUGUUAAAGCCUCUUUUUACAAGUUA